GCUGGGAAACGGCCGGCGGGGAUUCUUUGGCUGAGCAGCGUCCCGGUUCUUCAGGGAGCCGGUCGGGGAAAGCGGGGCCGGGUGGCCGAGCCGUGCACCGGUCUCCUGGGAGUCCUUUAGGUGGCCCUGAGCGUGCGUCCUCCGCGGGAUAAGGAGGGGAAUAUGUAAGAAUUAAAAGAACACUCUGACUUUGCUCCUAUAAUACCUUGUGAAAGAGUCUUGAAAUCAACGUUGGAGAAAUCCAUAAGGCCAGCAUGGAUCAAUACAGUAUUCUUGGCCGCAUCGGAGAGGGAGCCCAUGGCAUUGUUUUCAAAGCCAAGAACAUAGAAACUGGGGAGACUGUGGCCCUGAAGAAAGUGGCUCUCCGCAAGCUGGAGGAUGGGAUCCCCAACCAAGCCCUGCGGGAGAUCAAGGCUCUGCAGGAGAUUGAGGAAAACCAGCAUGUGGUGCAACUGAAAGAUGUUUUCCCCCAUGGCACAGGGUUUGUGCUAGUAUUUGAGUACAUGCUGUCCGAUCUGUCCGAGGUGAUCCGCAACUCUGAGCAGCCUCUUACUGAAGCCCAAGUGAAAGGCUACAUGCUGAUGCUGCUCAAGGGGGUGGCUUUCUGCCAUGCCAACUCUAUUAUGCACCGGGAUCUGAAACCAGCCAAUUUGCUGAUCAGUUCUACAGGGCAAUUGAAAAUUGCUGAUUUUGGUUUGGCCCGUGUAUUCACCAGUGAUGGAGAGAGGCUGUAUAGCCAUCAAGUGGCCACCAGGUGGUAUCGGGCUCCUGAACUGUUGUACGGUGCUCGGAAGUAUGAUGAAGGUGUAGACCUGUGGGCUGUUGGCUGCAUCUUUGCUGAGCUUCUCAACAAUUCUCCGCUCUUCCCUGGUGAAAAUGACAUUGAGCAGCUGUGUUGUGUCCUCCGAGUGCUUGGCACACCUAAUCAAAAGACCUGGCCGGAGAUUACAGAGUUGCCAGAUUACAACAAAAUCUCCUUCAAAGAGAAGCAGCCCAUUCCUUUGGAGCAGGUGGUGCCUGAUGCUUCCCUGCAAGCAGUGCAGCUCCUGAAAGAGUUCCUGGUCUAUCCUUCAAAGCAGCGUAUGCAGGCAGCCCAGGCACUUCUGCAUCCCUAUUUCUUCACCCCUCCUCUGCCAGCCCAUCACUCGGAACUACCCAUUCCCCAGCGUGGGGGCAAAAAGAUUCGUCAGGGGCUCCAGCACCAGCGUGAUUUCCAUGUGGAGCAGCCCCUGGAAGGGUCAGUCGUGGAUCUGGAGCUGGUGGCACCAUAUGUGAUUGAUGUAUAAAGAGGGUCCUCUCUUGCUCUCCUUCAAAGUCUGGCUUCUGUGCCAUCUCGUGAAGCAAGUUGGUUCCUCAUCCCCAAGGCACGGAGGGAGCCAUGCGUUAUUCGCUCAGUGGGUGGGUAACCACGAGACCAUAACCCAAUGAUGUCAUGUGGAUGGGUGAAACGAGUCCAGAUUUUCAAAGGCUUGAAGGUGUUUUGACUCUUUCCACCAUACUUAAGCCUAUUGGAUGGCUGAAUUCAGUAGUUUCUGGCAGCUAUUUGGUGGCCUAGUUUCUGGGGCUGCAAAAAAGAGACUGGGGAAAGACUGUGUGCGGCCUGCAUUUUCCCAGUUUAACCUUCAAGGGAACCAGUUGAGUGAUUUGGUGGCAGCAGAUGACAAAAGAGGGAGCAGAGGGCAUGCUGAACUGCCACUCUAGCAGAAGAACCAAGAGAAACUGCUCUUCUCCAAAGACUCACAGAGCCCAUCCAGUGAGGAAUCUGACAAAACUCUCUUCUGGUAUUGAACCUGAUCACAUUUUUCCCCUUGGGAGAGCAGAAUCAGGCCCAGGUGGAUUCAGGAGAGCAAAGUCUCUGUUCCUUUGAAGCAGGGUAGGGCCCAAAGGCUGCCUGUACCAGUUUCUCCCCCCACAGAGUUUUGAGGACUUCUCUCAGGCCUUUUCUGUUUUUCUGUAAUCUCUCUUCUUAUGCAGUGGCUGUUAUAACAGUUGAUAAUUAAACAGGUAA